AUGCUCUCCAAAUAUUGUAUUUCUUCUAUGAAUCUUUUUAUUUCGUCAUCUGUGUAUCCCUUUCUUUUAUUCACUCUCAAUUUCUCUUCUCAUUUUUCUUUAUUUCUAUUCCUUUUCUUUUUCUUGUUUCUUUCUCCAUCACAUUCUCCUAUAUUUAUCGAAAUAUAUCUUUAUUCAUCUUUUCAAAAUAAAUCUGUCCUAAUUUCUUAUUUUAUCUAUCUAUCUAUCUAUCUAUCUAUCUAUCUAUCUAUCUAUCUAUCUAUCUAUCUAUCUAUCUCAUUCUUUCCCCUCUCUCUGCAUAAUAUAUAUAUUUAUUUAUUUAUAUAUGUUCGUCCAUUUGUUCGAUUCAGUCUUUAUAAAACGGCAUCGUCUUUGAUAAUCCAAUGUCUUUCCUCAGAAACGCGCAAUCAAAAUUCAAAACGAAGUAACACAUUCAGUUCAAUGCGCUUCCGUGAAAAUAUUUGUCGAUCCUUUUCUACCCGAAUCUAG